GUGCCCACCUCGCGGCGCUCUGAUUGGCCGCCCAAGCGUCGGCCCAGGAGCGCGCCUGCGCAGUGCGCAGGGCUGUCUAUCAGGCUGCUGGCUGCUGGAGGCUGAGAGAGGGGCUGACAUGACUGAGGGCACGUGCCUGCGUCGUAGAGGGGGGCCGUAUAAAACCGAGCCUGCCACCGACCUCACCCGCUGGCGGCUCCGCAAUGAGAUGGGCCGGCAGACGUGGACGUACUUCCAAGCGGAGGACGACCCUGGCCGCGAGCAGAACGGGCUCGAGGCCCACUCCUUGGGGCUGGACACGAGGAGUUACUUUAAGGACUUGCCUAAAGCUCACACUGCCUGUGAAGGGGCUCUGAAUGGAGUAACAUUUUACGCAGGGCUGCAGGCUGAGGAUGGACACUGGGCGGGUGAUUAUGGAGGCCCACUCUUCCUCUUGCCAGGCCUCCUGAUUACGUGCCAUGUGUCACACAUCCCUUUGCCAGCUGGAUACAGAGAGGAGAUGGUGCGGUACCUGCGAUCAGUGCAGCUCCCUGACGGCGGCUGGGGCCUGCACAUUGAAGACAAGUCCACAGUGUUUGGGACUGCCCUCAGCUAUGUAGCUCUCAGAAUCCUGGGUAUUGGACCCGAUGAUCCUGACCUUGUUCGUGCUCGGACCAUUCUUCACAAGAAAGGUGGUGCAGUGGCCAUCCCCUCCUGGGGGAAGUUCUGGUUGGCCAUCCUGAAUGUUUAUAGCUGGGAAGGACUCAACACUCUGUUCCCUGAGAUGUGGCUGUUUCCUGAAUGGGUGCCCGCACACCCCUCCACUCUCUGGUGUCACUGCCGGCAGGUCUAUCUGCCUAUGAGCUACUGCUAUGCCACUCGGCUAAGUGCCUCAGAGGACCCACUGGUUCAGAGCCUCCGCCAGGAGCUCUAUGUGGAAGACUAUGCCAGCAUCGAUUGGCCAGCACAGAAGAACAAUGUGUCCCCUGAUGAGCUGUACACACCACAUAGCUGGUUGCUGCGUGUGGUGUAUGGACUCCUCAACCUGUAUGAGCGUUUCCACAGUACCAGCUUGCGGAAGCAUGCCAUCCAGACACUGUAUGACCAUAUCGUAGCUGAUGACCGUUUCACCAAGAGCAUCAGCAUCGGCCCGAUCUCAAAAACCAUCAAUAUGCUUGUGCGCUGGACUGUGGAUGGGCCUGCCUCCCCUGCCUUCCAGGAGCAUGUCUCUAGGAUCCCAGAUUACCUCUGGCUGGGCCUGGAUGGCAUGAAAAUGCAGGGCACCAAUGGAUCACAGAUCUGGGACACCUCAUUUGCCAUCCAAGCACUGUUGGAGGCAGGUGCACAUCACAGACCUGAGUUUUUAUCCUGUCUGCAGAAGGCUCAUGAAUUCCUACGGCUUUCACAGGUUCCAGACAACCUUCCUGACUAUCAGAAGUAUUACCGCCAGAUGCGCAAGGGUGGUUUCUCCUUUAGCACGCUGGACUGUGGUUGGAUUGUUGCUGAUUGCACAGCUGAGGCUUUGAAGUCUGUGCUGCUCUUGCAGAAGCAGUGUCCUUCUGUCACCGAGCACAUCCCCCAAGAGCGGCUCUGUGAUGCUGUGGCUGUGUUGUUGAGCAUGCAGAAUUCCGAUGGAGGGUUUGCCACCUAUGAGACUAAGCGUGGAGGGCACUUGCUGGAGCUGCUGAAUCCGUCAGAGGUCUUCGGAGAUAUCAUGAUUGACUACUCAUACGUAGAGUGCACCUCAGCUGUGAUGCAGGCGCUGAGGCAUUUCCAUGAACACUGCCCAGAUCAUAGGGCAGCUGAGAUCAGGGAGACCCUCAAGCAAGGCCUGGAGUUCUGCCGAAGGAAGCAGAGGGCUGAUGGCUCCUGGGAGGGCUCCUGGGGAGUUUGUUUUACCUAUGGCACCUGGUUUGGCCUGGAAGCUUUUGCCUGCAUGGGAUAUACCUACCAAGAUGGGGCUGCUUGUACAGAAGUAUUUCAGGCCUGCAACUUCCUGCUGUCCCAGCAGAUGGAAGAUGGAGGCUGGGGAGAAGACUUUGAGUCCUGUGAGCAACGGCGUUAUGUGCAGAGUGCUAGGUCCCAGGUCCAUAAUACAUGCUGGGCCCUGAUGGGCUUAAUGGCUGUCAGGCAUCCAGACAUCACUGCUCAGGAAAGAGGAGUCAGGUGUCUGCUUGAGAAGCAGCUCCCCAAUGGUGACUGGCCUCAGGAGAACAACUCCGGGGUCUUCAACAAAACCUGUGCCAUCAGCUACACGAGCUAUAGGAACAUCUUUCCCAUCUGGGCCCUGGGCCGCUUCUCUAACCUGUACCCUGAGAGGACCCUUGCUGGCCACCCUUGAAAGCAUGCCUAUCUGUGCUGCAGCUGGUGGGCAUCAGUAUCACACAGGUCUUGGUGAGACCUGAGAGUUUUGACUAGGUGGUGGAAGCCCCUUUAUCCCUGCUCCAGCCUUUGUUCUCUAUUUCUGUAGACAUGAGGCUCGGGACAGGGUCAGGUUUGGUGGCUUUAGACAUUUGUCAUAGGUUUAGUUCUGAGACUAGCUUGGGUGAGGAAGGGAAAUGAAUCCUGGCAUCUGAAGAGGCACAGUGCACUCUGCAACUCCUGAGUAGGUCUUUGAGGGAGUAAGGCUAGAGGGUUUUUAUAACCAAUAACUGUCCUAGCAAGGGGCGCAGUUGGCCACUUCACUUCCUGUCCUGUGCUAUUGUGGAGUGGGCCCCGAACCAGACUUCUCAUGCUGGACUGAGGGAGGUAUGGCCCCUAUGAUGCUGGCAUGUGAAGAGAACAGCUCAUUGGGGAGGAAGAUAGGGCCUUUGGUCAUUGUGCCCUGAGCAAUGGCUGCAGUCCCCAGAAACUCCCAGUCAUGACCAGAUCACUGUAUGAAAUAGAAGCUUUCCAGAAAGGAAAUGCAGACUCAUUUCACACUGAAAAUGUCACUAAAAGUUGCUUAAGUGAUCAGCUCCCUUAAUAAACAGACAUUUCAUCCUGGA